AUGGCCAACGUGGUGGAAAUGACAAUCGAGAAGAUCGAUGAGGUCAAGUCCAGACUUGGAAGGUAAAUUUUAUUUGUUUUUUUUUUAGUCUUUAGAUUUAUACGGUCCAUAUUUGAGUACCUAAAUAAACAAAUUAUUUAAGAUCAUUGGGUGCCUCAAUGCGUUUGAGAGAUCUCAUACGUAAGGUAAGAGCAGCUAGGACUGCCGCAGAAGAGAGAGCCGUCGUGGAGAGGGAGAGUGCCAAUAUCAGAGAUUCAUUCAGAGACGAAGAUAACAAAUACAGAUGCCGGGAUAUGGCAAAGCUUUUCUACAUUCAUAUGCUCGGGUACCCUGCUCAUUUUGGUCAAAUGGAAUGUAUGAAACUAGUCGGCACUAAGGACAAAAGAUUCACCGACAUUCGAAUUGGAUAUCUGGGGGCAAUGUUAUUACUGGAUGAGAGGUCCGAGGUGCACCUAUUGGUCACCAACUGUUUGAAAAGGUACGUUCGAUUGUUUUUUUUUGACUCUGUCGCGUUUUUACACCGUAGGUAAUUUUUAUGUUUAGCCAUCUAAAUGAAUCUGAUCAAUUUGUUACUGGUUUGGCCUUAUGUACUUUGGGGUCAAUUUGUUCAGUCGAAAUGUGCAGAGAUUUGUCGAAUGAAGUUGAGAAGUUGUUAGUCAAGUCGUCCAAUUCUUAUAUCAAGAAAAAGGUAUGUUUCAGCCAUGAAUUGUAUCUAAAUUUAACAUUUCAGGCCGCACUAUGCGCUUUUCGCAUUGUGAGAAAAGUACCUGAACUGAUGAGUUGUUUUAUGUCCGGGGCCAGACUCUUACUAAACGACAAACAUCAUGGUAUUAUAGAAAAUUCGGUUUAUUUAUAUUUUAGGUGUUCUUCUUGGUGGGCUCACGUUGGUCACUGAGAUGUGUGAAAAAAGUGUUGAUGUGAGGAAUCAUUUCCGAUCGGUAGGUGAUAUCUUUGAACAAAACAUUGUCUUGGUCAAUUUUAGAUGGUGCCAGUACUGGUCAAACGUUUCCGAGAAUUGGUUUCUCCAUUGGGAAGUUACUCGUCUACUGAACAUGAUGUGAACAAUGUGAUCGAUCCCUUUUUGCAGGUGUGAGGCUUAAUUUUAUAUAGUGUUUGAGUUUAGGUAAAAAUUCUUCGUCUUCUACGAGUUUUGGGGAAGGAUGAUUCUCAAUCCAGUGAGGCCAUGAACGAUCUUUUGACUAUCAUCACGACGAACACGGAUCCAAACAAGAACGCUGGUAAUGCUGUACUUUAUGAAGCCGUCCUCACUAUAAUGGAUAUCAAGAGCGAGACCAGUCUUAAAAUCCUCGCCAUUAAUCUGCUUGGAAGAUAUCUGGUUAAUCCGGAUAAGAACAUUAGAUAUGUUGCAUUGAACACACUGCUUAAGACUGCCACAGCGGACUUAAAAACUGUCCAAAAAUACAAAGGGACUGUUUUGGAGAACUUGAAAGAUCCAGACGUCUCGAUAAGAAGAAGAGCCCUCGAAUUAUGUUUCGUUCUUAUCGACAAGGAGAACAUCGCGGCCAUGACCAAAGAGAUCCUCCUCUUUCUUGAGACAGCUGAUCCCGAAUUUAAAUCCGAGUGUGCCUCCAAGAUGUACGUGGCCACAGAAACUCACUCGCCAAAUCCUGUUUGGCAUCUGAAUACUAUGAUAUCUGUUCUGAAAUUGGUAGGUUUCUUUUGACCUGUUUUAUAUCUUUUUAAGGCGGGUAACUAUGUUCCGGAAGAAGUUGUGAGUGCGAUGAUUCAACUGAUUUCUGCCCACUUCAAUCUUCAAGCGUAUGCCACUAAAAAGUUGUUCCGCGCUGCAGUCGAGGACGGUGGAGUAGCCCAACCUCUUCUUCAGAUCGCCUUCUGGUGCAUUGGAGAGUUUGGCGAUCUACUCAUUGCUCCUUCCGAUGAUGAUCCAGAGCCGCCAACAGAGAGUGAUGUCGUUGAGAUGUUCGAACAGUUGUUCCCAGUGAGUAUUAUGAGCAUUCAAACUCGGGAGUAUGGGAUUGUCGGAUUGGCCAAGCUCUCAACCAGAUUCACAUCUCAAACUGAGAGAAUCGGUGGUCUGAUUCGUCGAUUUGUAGCUCAUAUGAAUCUGGAACUCCAACAAAGAGCCGUCGAAUUUUCGAGCUUGAUUCCAAAAGCCGAAUUGAGGUGAGUUGUUGGAUUUGUAACCAUUUUUUGAUUUUUAGGAAUGGUCUGUUGGAAAGAAUGCCAGUAAUCAAACAUAACACUUUGAAUGCUGCGGCAGCACCCAUCGAAGAUGACGUGAUAAAGUCAAAUGAAGAGGACAACCUCCUGGAUGUUGGUGGAUCAUCUGCGGCUCCCCAGAAUACGGUAUUCAAUGAGCUUCUGGAUUUGAUGGGGAAUGGAGAUUCCGGUUCUACACCCGUCCCAGCAACUUCACAGAAAGCAGCCGGAGGGGGACUGGAAGAGCUCUUUGGCUUGGGAAUAAAUGGUAGGAGUUUUUUCUUCUUUUUAUCAUCAUGAUUAUUUUCUCUACAUUUAUGUUUUUAGGAUCUUCAUCAACAUCUCAAACCUCUGCUCCAGUGUCCCAAGCAUCAAUCCCUGGUGGAAAUGAUUUUGCGGAUCUGUUUGGAGGCUCAUCUACUACUCAACCCGCUGUGUAAGCACUUUUUAUUCAUUAUGUUUUUUUGUUUUAGAGAACCUUCAAAGCCAGCUGAAAUUGUGGUGAACAAAAGUGGAUUCGAGGUGCAAAUGGUGGUCGAAAACGGGUUUGCCUCCGGCCCUGCGGUCAUCCGAUUUGAAAUUGUAAAUAAUAACCCCGUUCCAGUAGAAAAUUUCAACCUACAAGCAGCUGUGACACGAGUAAGUUUGUUUACUUGCCUUUGUUAAUUUUUUAUAUUUGUUUGAUGGAUGUUGUUAUGUUUAAGCAAUUCCAAAUUGAGCUUCUUCCUUCGUCUGGCAGCCGUCUGGAGGCGGAUGGAAUGUCGACGACCACUCAGCUCGCCAAGAUCACCAAAUUGGCCGAGAAUCGGGUCCCUAAACUUCGACUUAAAUUAAAUUAUUCGCUAAACGGCUCAGCUCGAACUUUCCAGGAAGACAUCACCGUCCAAAAUCUAUAGUAUGUCUCUCUCCUUUGCUCUUUUUAUCGGAAUGUGAUAUUGAACAUUAUAUCAGCACUUUGCAGUUUUUAUCGAUAAUUUAUUAUUUUGUCUUUGGUCGAUGAAUUGUUUUAAUCCAUCGGCCUAAUUAACCCUGGCUACACAAUAGUUUCAGUUACUGUAGUUUUUUUCGUAUCCGUUGUUUGUAAUAUUUUGUCCAAGUCACUUAUUUCUAGCUAGAUAUUUGAAUAAAUAUUUUAUUUGCGAGAGAUUCGGAAUUCUAGAUCCCGUUUAAAGUCGGACUGCGGCAAGAGUUUACUGAUGGAUUGCUGUAAAAAAUGACAUAAUUUGGAAAUACAUAUAAGAAGUUCCGAAAGAAAAGAAAAUGUUUGAAGUGGUGACUAAGCGGGAAGAAUAAACUAAACUUUUUUACAGCUGA